AUUCCUAAUUACAAACGUCGCCGUUCUCGCGUUGUGUUGUCGCAUUAAAAACUUUAGUCUGUCGUUGGCGGGCGCCGCUCUUAGUCGCUUACAUCCAAACGGGCCAGAGGCAGAGAGAAAGGGGGAAAAUAGAAACGUGCCGCUGCUUACGUGCCACAAGACACAGCCAGAGUACAAAGCAACCCAACCAAAACCCCCCGCCAUCACCUUGCCUUGAAGUGUCGCCUGUCGGUAUCGCGCUUCCUAUUUAUUUGCCCCUCAAAACGGAACGGAACUUCUUUCCGAGUGGUGUCAAGGCUCAACCAACGGCAUACACACAUCACGUGUCUGACGCUCGGCCCCCAGUUUUGUAGCCAACGAUCACCUGGUGCUAUUUCUCUCCGAAAAAAUCCGUCUCUGGUGCUGUUUCUCUCCGAAAAAUGUUCUCACUGCAGCAAAUAAUCAAAGCAGCGACCGCAAAUAGCGGCAACUGCUGCGUGGGUGGCAGCGAUCUCUACAGGCUGCUCAGGCAUCUCAGCAGUCUGACGUCAGCGGCAGCAACUACAGCCAUAGCCACAACCACAACCACAACUACAACUACAGCAAUGCCAAAGCAAUCUAGUCAAGCGACAGCAUUGUCGAGCGACCAAAACUUCAGCGACAACGCCAUUCGCUCGCCCCAUUCGAAGCCCAACGGUUGCUGUUACGGAGAGUCAGAUUCGGAGUCGGCGCACAGCGUGAACGUGUACGUGAACGGAAACUUGUCAACGCAAUUCGCCCGAAAGGUGCUGCAGCAGCGCAGACAGGACAUCCAGCGCCUCAUACAUACCCAGCCCCCCAGUGGACACGGAGCCAAAUCCUCGCAGCAACAGAAUCAACAGCAGACGACCACAAAGUUCGCCAUGUCCUCGCUAGCAGCGGAGCCCCUGCCCCAGGCUCACAAAUCGGAUGAAAUCACAGCAGUCGCCAGCACCAGCAGUGAUGUGGCAGCAGCGGACGCCAACAUGCCGAGCACCAGCGCCUCCUGCCACGAGGCUGCCUCCAGCACGGGCAAGAAACCCUGCUUCAGCACUGGCCUCGCCGAGAUUCUGCAGUUCAUGGAGCUCAUCGGAAAUCUAAAGCACACCAAACGCACUGGAUGGGUGCUGCGUGAUGUCAACGACUGCGAAUCGAUUUCGGGUCACAUGUAUCGGAUGAGCAUGCUCACCUUUCUGCUGGAUGGCAGCGAGGGACUCAACCAGAUACGAUGCAUGGAACUGGCGCUGGUGCACGACCUGGCCGAGAGUCUAGUGGGCGAUAUAACCCCAUUCUGUGGCGUGUCCAAGGAGGAAAAGCGGGCCAUGGAGUUCAAGGCAAUGGAGGAUAUAUGCAAGCUGAUCGAACCCCGCGGCAAGCGCAUAAUGGAACUCUUCGAGGAAUACGAGCAUGCAGAGAGCGCUGAGAGCAGAUUCGUCAAGGAUCUGGAUCGCCUGGACAUGGUGAUGCAGGCGUUUGAGUACGAGAAGCGCGACAAUUGCCUGCUGAAGCAUCAGGAGUUCUUCGACUCGACGGAGGGAAAGUUCAAUCAUCCGUUUGUGAAGAAGCUGGUGAACGAGAUCUACGAGCAGAGGGAUGUACUGGCCAAGGCCAAGGGCGCCACGCCGCCGCCGGCCAUUGAAGUGCCCAAAAUGGAGUUGCCGCCCCCCAAGCUGGGGGUCAACGGUCACGACAGCUCAAGCUGAGCAUAGCAUUAAUUCUAAGCAAGACCAGUCUUAGGCUAGCGCAUUAACACAUCCUCACAUAAACACACACAAAACGCUCUUAAUUUGUAAGCCAAAACAAACCACCCAACCUUGACCUCGACACGCUCUAACAAUUAUCACACGUAAUUUAUUGCCACAAAACAAAAAAGGAAAGAAAAAAAAGAAAGGAUAGCAAGGGACUAACUAGACGACCAUCAUUCAUUUAUAGACAGACACUUGUUGACAAUUAAUGAAUUCUCCUUUAGUUAAGCGCAAAGUUUGCAAUUCGAGUCUUAGCUAAAUAUUCAAUUGAUCUUUGAUUAAGGUACCAAAACCCAAUUGUACAUAACUAAAGCGAAUUGUAGUUAAUUUUAAAUGUAUGAAUGACGACCUAGAACAAUUUUAUUUAGCCCGCAAAUCAAAACUUAAUUAAUACGCGUACGCGUACGCGUAUGUGUAUGUGUAUGCACCCGAAAAGAGCAUAAUCAAAAUAUUUGAUUUUAUAGCACAGUUCCAUUAGCGGCACAUUUACAUUCGCAACAGCUAAUUUCAGCUUUCCAGCAAUACCUUAUUCCUCCUAAAUAUCGUGCUACAACCACCGUUUGUAUUUGUUUUCUAUAGUAUAGGGAAUUUCCUAUCUACAUUCAUCUGAAGCCGAAACAUUCAAAGUGUCGAAUGAUGCUUGAAUUCGUACUGCACAUGAAUAUAUUUUCGCAUAUUUCUACGAAUGUGCCGUAGUGGAACGAACACGGGGGUAUUUACUUUAUUCUUUGAUUGUCGAAUGUUUCACACCUGCAUUACUUUAUCCCGGAAUCGGUCAAUGUACCAUGUAACCGAAAUUAUAUUUAAUACUUAAUAUGAAAUUGUGAAUUAGGAUAUAUAUAUAUACAUAUAUAAAUGAUGGAGUCACGCCUCAAAAGUGGCUCAAAAGACAA